AUGUAAUAAGAAAACGAGCCUACAAGCUUAAGCAUAUCAAGAAGAGCUGCAUACAACUACAUUAAGCCUAUUUUACAUGAAGACUCCUUAGUUUAAACUCCAACCACAUCAUUUCGUUCAUGUUUUAAAUAGAAUCAUUAGUAACGCAGCAUUUUUUAAACAUAAAAUACAACAAACGAGAUUAUUUUGAACUAGUUUCCGCUUUAAGAUUCAUUUGAAGAUGUUCGAAAAUAUUAAUCAUAAAAUUUCCUUACGGUAAACAAAAUUGCUAUUAUACUAAAUUCGACUUUGCAUUCAAUUAUAUCCAUCUAUGUGCUUCUGCUUUAAUUUUUUCAUCAAACAGAGCAAUUAGUAUUGUUAAGAAUAAUUGGCAUCAUAUUUUCAUUUAUUCAUCUGAUCCUCUGUUUACUUUUGAAAUAAAGCUCAUUAGACACUUCAUAAUUGGCCACUUUAAUCUUUUAUGUUGUUAGUUUUAUUUUUGAGAAUUAAAUUUUAAUCAUAUAUCUUUUCAUUAGUAUUUUUCAUAUUCAAACUAUAUUUAAUACGAUAAAAGUGACUAUUAUAAUUUUAACAAAAUAAUGUAUGAUUAUAUUGUUAUUUAGAUGGCUUUACAUAAUUUUUACUACUAGAGAUUGUAAUCCUAAUAUACACACUACACUUAUAUGCUAAUUUCUAUCUUAUUUUUUUGUAGGAGUCAAUUGAUAAUUACUAAUUCUGGUUUAUCUAUCUCAAAGCAAUUAAUCAAUCCCUUCAAAUACUUCUCUUUGACAUCCAAAUGUAUGAUGAAUCAACUACAAAUCAGCUGGCUAAUACUUUCUUCAUCAUACUUAAUAUCAAUUAUUACUUCUUAUUAUUGAAAAGAUAUGAAAAUCAUAAGAAAUCUUAUUUCUAAUAUGAAUAGUUUUAAAUAUUUAUAAAUAAUAGAUGCAUUCAAUUCAAUAUAUCUCUCCUAGAGAUGUUUAAUUUUGUUUGGAUCUUACUGAAAAUUUAAUAUUAGGAUCAAUUUUUGUAGUAAUUAGAGAAUCACAAAAUCUAAGUCUAUAUAGAUUAAUUAAAGCAAUGCAAAAUAAUUGAAAUAAUAUUUUCAGAGGAAUUUAUUCGAGAUUUGGCUUACAAAGCUAAAAUUAUUAAUGCAUAUAAAAAUGAUAUAGUUACACAUCCAGGUUUAUACAUUGUCAUUUAAGGCGGAAUGAAAGUUUAAAUAUAAGCUGAAUAUGAAACUAAAUAAAUAUUAAAAGUAAUUUAACAUAAAUAAUUUAGCAAGGAGAUUAUUUUGGUCUCAUUGAAAUGAUUCUCAAUAAAAGUUAAAAUUUAUUUCUAAAAUCUAUAAAAGAAGACAGUCUUCUAAUUUAUAUAUCAGGCGAAGAUUUUCAUUGUAAAAUAAAAGAGUUUUCUGAGGAUUACGAAAAAAUGAGAUUUAUACAUGAUCAACUGCUGUUCAGUUCAAGUACAUCCAAAAUCAAAUAAAAAUGCUAUUUUUGUUAAGAAUAUCAUAUUCCUUCAAAAUGUAAAAUAAUAAAUUUCAAACCUGAAUUUGAUUUUGAGAAAUUGAAAAUAGAUUAAUAAAAUGAUCGGAAAUAUUUUUAAAGAGCAAAUAAGAAGCACAUUUUUUAAAUAAGAAGUAAUUCAGAAUCAUCUAAAAAUUCAAAUUAAUUUGAAGAGUCCUUUGAGAUUGAUCCAGUCAGUUCCGAAAUGCAAAAUGAAAGACAAAUCGGUAAGAAUAUUUUAGGAUCCAUUUCUUAAAUGAUUGUGUGCAAUUCAAAAAUAUCUCAAGAAGGAUUACCAUAAAUACUUUAAACUUAAAGUUUUAAGGUAUAAGAAAGUUAAACGUAACAAAACCUGUAAAAUACAACAUAAGGAUGGAGAGUUUUCGAUUUAGAUAAUAAAAAUAUUAGCAUAGACAAUUUAAGGAAUUUUUAGUUUUACGAUCCUGUGUAUAACAUAGAAACUAUAAUCCGAAAAGUAAAUAAAUUGUUGGGACAUUGA